UUAUGCUCAACAAACCUAUCGUGACAGGCUUGGUCUGUGUCCACGAUCCGAACGGGUUUGCUCAGCUUCAUGGUGGAGAAAGGACCAACCCUCGGAAGUAUUGAGACUUCAGACUACACAAAAAGACAGCUCUCAGCCCAAAGUCUGGCCUUCAACCUCAAAGACAAAGUGUUCUGUGAGCUGUUUCCCGAUGUUGUCAGUGAGAUAAAACAAAAACAGAAGGCCCAGCAAGAGUUAAGUGCCCGCUCUCAGCCCCUCCCCCUACCUGAUGUGGUACCUGACGGUGACCCUCAGCACGCCCAUUAUGGCAUGCCAGCACUUAAUGGAGGACCAGCCCCAGUUGGGGGGGCCAACCCUGCUCCUGGCCUGCAGCAGGCCAAUCGCAACCAUGGACUUCUAGGUGGUGCUUUAGCCAACCUGUUCGUCAUUGUAGGCUUUGCAGCAUUUGCCUACACAGUCAAGUACGUUUUGCGGAGCAUAGCGAGGUGGAAAAACACACAAAAAAGCCAUAUAAUUGUUAGUCAAACCAGAUUAAAAAAAAAAGGCUUUUGAAUUUUAGUGAAUUUGCCCCAAAAUAAGGUUUAAACAGCUUUAUCUUUUCUAUUGUACUUCUGCUAAGAAAGGGCAAGUUGUAACUUGUCCAGAAUGAACAUUUAUAAAGUGGUCACUACCAAAAGUGCAGCAACGUCCUCCUGUACCUAAAAACAAUGUUUCUGACUGUAGUCCACCUGCCACCUCAGUCACAACUGCUGAGAACAUGCCAUGUAUGAACUGUUGUGUCUAGUGUUUAGAAACUCACGUAAAUGUCUGUUUGGAAUUUUUAAAUUUCAGGUCUUAUAAUUGGAAACUUUCAAUU